CCAAACCAAGCCGGAGUGCGUGAGCCAUUACGUCGUCGCGCCGCUCGCCGGUCGCCUCCCGCCGUCGCCGUCGUCGAAGCCACACGCCCCGCCUCUAUUUUUCAAUCCUCGGAGAGACCAAUCCCCAUCCCCACCGCUCUCUUCUGAGUCCCUCCAGCUCCACUCCACGUCUCCCACCAUCAACCAACGCGGUCCACGCCACGCGCGAGGAAUCCCACAAAUCUGGACAAACACCCUGCUCGAGCCCCUCUCCACUUGAUUCCCUUACCCCGCCUCCCGUCGAAUCAUGCGUUCGUGUUCGAUCGGGGCUGCUCUGAUUUCGGUCUGAGCUGUGGAGAUUCUUCCAGUUGAGAGUGAGGGAUGGAGGUGAGCAAGGAGGAGUUCUUGAGGCAGUUCGGCGGCGACUAUGGCUACCCGGACGCGCCCAAGGGCGUCGACGAGAUGCGCGCCACGGAGUUCAAGCGGCUUCAAGGGGUGGUGUACCUGGACCAUGCCGGUGCGACGCAAUAUUCAGAGGCGCAGAUGGCAGAUGUCUUGAAAGACCUUACAUCCAAUGUUUAUGGAAACCCACAUAGUCAGAGUGAUUCAAGCAUGGCUGCAAGUGAUGUUGUUACUGGUGCACGCCAUCAGGUUUUAAAAUAUUUCAACGCAUCUCCCAGAGACUACAAGUGCAUAUUUACCUCUGGGGCAACAGCAGCUCUGAAACUUGUUGGUGAAUGUUUUCCAUGGAGUAGAGAAAGCUGUUACAUGUACACGAUGGAGAAUCACAAUAGUGUACUUGGGAUAAGAGAAUAUGCUCUGAGUAAAGGAGCUACUGCCAUGGCCAUUGAUGUUGAGGAGGUGGUUGAUCUGGCAAAGAACCAUGGAAGUGAUAGUUCGUAUAAGAUUUCAAGACACUCAAACCAAAGAAGAGGCAAAGAUGUGCUUUCAGACAGUUGUCAUAAUGGAAGCUUUUCAGAUAUUUCAGGGAACACUUGGAAUAUAUUUGCAUUCCCAUCAGAAUGCAAUUUCUCAGGACAAAAGUUCAGUCUGAGCUUGGUUAAGCUCAUCAAGGAAGGAAAAAUCCCAUUGCAGCAGCAGGAUAAAUGGAUGGUUCUGAUAGAUGCUGCAAAAGGAUGUGCUACUGAACCACCAAAUUUAACUUUAUAUCCCGCUGAUUUUGUUGUCUGCUCCUUCUACAAGAUAUUUGGCUAUCCAACUGGUCUUGGUGCUCUAAUUGUAAAAAAUGAGGCUGCUAAUCUUUUGAACAAGACAUACUUUAGUGGAGGAACCGUAGCUGCUUCAAUUGCUGACAUCGACUUUGUUCAAAAAAGAAAGAGUAUUGAACAAGUUCUAGAGGAUGGAACAAUCUCGUUCUUGAGCAUAGCUUCUCUCCGACAUGGGUUUAAGAUUGUCAACAUGCUUACUACCUCAGCAAUCAGACGGCAUACCACAUCCCUUGCAAAUUAUGUGAGAAAGAAAAUGCUGGACUUGAAGCACAGCAAUGAGAUAAAUGUUUGCACAAUAUAUGGACAGCAAGCUUCCAAGGUGGAAGGUCUGAAGAUGGGCCCAACAAUCACAUUCAAUUUGAAAAGAGAAGAUGGCUCCUGGUUUGGAUACCGUGAGGUGGAGAAGCUUGCUUCCUUGUUCGGGAUUCAUUUGCGUACUGGCUGCUUCUGUAAUCCUGGCGCUUGUGCUAAGUAUCUUGGCCUGUCACAUUCAGAUUUAGUUUCUAAUUUUGAGGCUGGGCAUGUUUGUUGGGACGAUAAUGACAUAAUAAAUGGAAAGCCAACUGGUGCUGUCAGGAUAUCGUUUGGGUACAUGUCCACAUAUGAAGAUGCAGAGAAAUUCCUGAAGUUCCUGCAGUCUUCUUUUGUCUCCCUACCAGUGCAAUUCAACAACGGGUACAUGUUGAAUAUGAACAGUCUUAACUUAAUAGAUAAUUCGAGUCAAAAGGCUGUUUCAGAUAUUCACUUGAAAUCCAUAACUAUUUAUCCCGUGAAAUCGUGCCAAGGAUUUAGUGUGAAGAGUUGGCCACUAACCACUGGUGGACUAAUGUAUGAUAGAGAAUGGCUUCUCCAAGGGGCAGGAGGUGAAAUUUUGACACAGAAAAAGGUGCCAGGGUUGGGCUCUAUCCACACAUUGGUAGACCUGGAACUUGGGAAGCUCUUCAUAGAGUCUCCCAUGCGUGGGGAUAAAUUGCAAAUCUCUCUUGAGAGUUUGGCUGAUCUAAGUGAAGAAGUAGAUGUAUUUGGUCAGAGGUACGAGGUGCAAAGUUAUGAUGUCAAGGUAAAUACAUGGUUCAGUGAAGUUAUUGGACGUACUUGUACCUUGGUGAGAUGCUCAAGUUCCAAGUACCGUUCUCGUACAUAUACUGGCUUGAGAGAUCGUCCAUGUAGGGAUACUCAAAGCAAACUUAACUUUGUUAAUGAAGGACAACUUCUACUAAUAUCAGAAGAAAGUGUCUCUGACCUCAAUAGUCGGCUAAGUUCAGGCAAAGGGGACUGUAAGAAACCGUUGCUUGUUGAUGCCAUGAGAUUUCGUCCCAACAUUGUCAUCUCUGGGCCGAGUCCAUACAGUGAGGAUAACUGGAAAAAGCUUCAAAUUGGAGAGGCCUGUUUUACGUCCAUGGGUGGUUGCAACCGCUGUCAGAUGAUCAAUCUACAGCAGGACUCUGGGCAAGUGCUCAAAUCAAAGGAACCGUUGGCCACUUUAGCGUCAUACAGGCGAAAAAAGGGCAAGAUUUUGUUCGGCAUCCUGCUGAAUUAUGAAGACAAUAUGGAUGGAGAAAAUGAGAUUUCUACAGAGAGAUGGGUCCAAGUGGGGCAACAAGUGUACCCUUUUGCGGAAUGACCACGAGUACAUAUAUGGUGAUGGUUGUAGGUGAAUACAGAACAUGUCGGCAUACAGAGCAUUUUCAUAUUUUCCAAUGCAUAAAAUGGAGCAAGUUUAGUUAGGUGAAUACAGAAUAUACCUUCACAUGUAUCACAUAUGUAGUCUUCGAAAUGCCUUUUAUCUGUAACAUAAAGUGGCGGUAAGCCCUACCUCAGACAAAACGAAAUGAUUGUAAAGAAAAAUGUAUAGGCGAAGUAUGGUUCAGAUUUCACAUAUCCUAAUGAUCACUGUUUCUGUCAUUCUGGUGCGCACAGGGUACUAGUCCUAUUAGCAAUCCUGACACACAAAUUGAUAAUAUUUG